UUUAUUUUUUUGGUAAAAAUAACUUCGAGGGCACAGGCAAGGUAAACCUGCAGAUCCCAGCGUUCCAUCCCGAUUGCGCGUUCAUCAUCUCCUUGGGCCUAAGCUCUCUCCCUUUCUGUCACCAGCGAAAAAUAUAGGGGUUUGCCUUUUCUUCUUAAAUGGCUUUGGCGGGGCGUCAUCGACCUAAUUUAGCUCUCAUCCAAAGGAUCCUGAGAACCGAGCACGUUUUCACGCAGAGAUCUGCUACUCAAAGGAGCUCCGCCAGUCCUAAUUUCGCCACAACCGAGCAGAGUUUGAGGAAUUAUGCAACUGCAACCAGUUCAAAGGAAGGAAAAGUGAAGGUACCUUUGGCUUUGUUUGGAGUGUCUGGGAACUAUGCCUCUGCUCUGUUCCUUUCAGCAUCCAAAGCUAACUUGUUGGACAAAGUUGAAUCCGAGCUUCUUGACCUUGUCGAGGCUUCCAAGAAAAGUUCUGUGUUUUCACAGUUCAUAAACGACUUAUCAGUGCCUGGAGAGACCAGAGUAAAGGCUAUGCAGGAGAUUUUUUCUGAAGCUGGAUUUUUAGAUAUCACAAAGAAUUUUUUGGCUGUUUUGGCUGAGAAUGGGAGGCUGAGACACAUUGAGAGUAUCACCAAGAGUUUUCUUGAGUUGACCAUGGCACAUAGGGGAGAGGUGAAAGCUAUUGUGAUGACUGUAAUUUCACUCCCCCCAGAAGAGGAAAAACAGCUGAAAGACACUUUGCAGGAUAUUAUUGGACAUGGGAAGACAGUGAAGCUUGAACAGAAGAUCGAUCAAAGCAUUCUUGGGGGAUUGGUGGUUGAGUUUGGGCAAAAGCUCUUUGAUAUGUCAAUCAGGACGAGAGCAAGGUGGAUGGAAAAGUUCCUGAGGGAUCCUGUCAACUUCUAGAGCUUCUAGAAGCUUUUGGCUGUGCUUCAUCAACCUGCUGAAAGACCCUGCUCUACAAAUUUCCUUUUAACUUUAAUUUCCAUCAUGCUGGACUGGGGUUUUUUCUUGAUGGGCUGGUCUUUUCCCUCUCUUUUCUUGUGGGGUGGGGUGGGUUGGGUUCCAUCCACCUCUAAAAUAAAAGCUAGAAAUGUGAAGGGGGACACUCCUUUCUGUUACUUUUUUCUUUUCUUGAAGUCCGUUUUUUAAAGGUCUUGUGGGGACACCCUGCAACAAUUUUAAAUUUUCAUGUAUUCGUUUCUCAUCAUAAGCCACUGAACAUUGCCACUGGCCCAGUUUUUUUUUUCUAAAAUUAAUUUUUUAAUUUCCCUUCGGUAUUCAUUCUCUGAA